ACAAGCCAAUUCACAAUUUUAGGAUUAUUUUCAUUAAUUGUGCUGUGCUAACUCAUAUAUUGAUGUUUUAUAUCUACAGAGGAAUCGCUAGAAUGGGAGAUUGAAAAAGUGGAGAAAUCCAUGAUCAGCAUGGAGUGGCUGGAGGACCUGCAGAAUACCAUAGACGAGUUUCAGUCCAAUAUGGUAUGCAAUGUGAGCCGCCUUCGAGAGAACUUCAGAAAAAUGCAGGAGGUUGCAUCUAAAAAAGUUCUGACCAUGAAGCCGAAAGGUAAACCAGGAAAAGAGCUGGAUCCCAAAUUAGUUAAAAGCAUCCAGUCUCUGCCGCCCUGUCCCACGGUAGCAGAAUUGAAAGCGAAUUCAACCACAGCAUCAGUGUAUUCAUCAGACCUGAUCAGCGUGUUGAAUAGCAUCACCAAAACAGCCUCCUGCAGCCCAGCCAUGAGCAAGGCGCUGAAACUAUCAGCAGCGACCAUUGAAAACCUCAACAAGGCUUUUCAAGAUCACUGCUCAGAAAUUAAGACCCUCAAGACACCUCAGAAAAAGAGCGACGUGGCUCAAGAUGUGAACAGACGCGUCUCUGUUCCUUCUGUAUAUCAAAAUGGAUCUAAAGUCCAGCAUCAUAUGGUGAAAAAAUUGUCUGCCUUUCCUGUGAAACCCAAGGCAGAUGAUUUUGCUUUCCCUCAGGUCAAAGAACCUGUACGAGAGACAAAUAUUGAAGACACAGCUCCAAAAGCUCUCCUUGAUGGAGCAUUUCUUCCUGCCCCUGCCAGAACUUUUGCUCUCCGCAAGAACACAGGAUCUGUCAAGGAGACGAAAGUUACCAGAGAAGAAAUGGCAAACUUCACGUCACUUGAAGAGGUUUCACGACCUGUAGAGAUGGCAAAAGUUUAUGCCAUGCCGUGGAAGAACGCCAGAGUCUGUCUCCUGUCCACACCGUCCUUCCUCAUCUGUGAAUCUGCCCCGAAUUCAGACUCAAGUCAAGCCAUCACUUCAGAAGUCCGGCAAGCCGAGACUCGCAGAUAUGCUUCUGCAGUCUCGGGCAGCAUUGAGGAGCUGUACAUGGAGAAAAACGAGGAGGACGUUGACAAACCGCUUCACGCAAGCACGAAACGCCCAUCAUUCGUGAUUGACAUCAAAGCUCAAGAAAACAACCUCCAGCAGCUGGAUCAAGCUUUUCAAAAUAACAGCAUUUCCUCUGAAAUGUACAACCUGUGCAGAGGAACCGUCAAUCAGACACUUAAGAGCGUUGAGCUGCGUCUUGGAUGUCUUUUACGGAGAUACAUCCAGCAUGUGCAAAUGAAGCAAUUAAGGUAA